AUGCGCGCGGUCCUCGUCGCGCUCGCCGUCGCCGUCGCGCGCGCGCAGCCGAGCGAGGAGUCGUGCGAGGACUCGACGACGUGGACGAAGAACGGCGAGACCUGCGCGGAGUACCUCGCGAAGAAGAAGGGCUCGAGGUGCAAGAAGAACGGCGUCGGCGACGACGGCGUGACCCGGGUCCAGGACGCGUGCCCGUCGCUCUGCGAGGCCAACGGGUGCCCCGUCGUCGACUGCGAGGACGACCCGCAGUGGUUCUGGGAGAAGGCGAGCCGGACCUGCGCGUGGCUCGCGACGCACCGGAACCAGUGCGAGCGCGUCGGCAACACGGGCGAGGCGGGCCACGCGGCGUGCCCGACGGCGUGCCGCGCCGACGCCUGCUACGACGCGCCGUGCGUCGACUCGACGACGUGGUACAAGAAGGACCCGUCGCAGGACUGCGACUGGCUCGCGGCCCAGAACCAGAAGAAGAAGAAGAAGUUCUGCAAGAAGAAGGGCAAGGGCAAACACGAGGGCAAGAAGGCCAAGGGCAAGGACGCGUGCCCCGUCGCGUGCGGCGAGUGCGACGCGCCGGUGACGACUACCCUUCCCCCUCUGAGCACGCGCGCGACGGACGCGUGCGACGAGGCGACCCCGACGUGCGGCGCGUGCUGCAAGUACGACUGCGCGGAGAAGAACGCGACGGACGGCCUCGACUUCUCCGCGUCCGACGAGUGCGUCUGCUUCACGGGCGACCUCGCGGACGCGGCCGUGAAGCUCACGGCCCUCGGCGACUGCGCCUUCGUCACGGGCGCCUACGCCCAGGUCGACGCGGGCGCGGGCGACGACACGGUCUUCCUCGCCGGCGGCACGCAGGGCAAGGUCUUCGGCGGCGACGGCGACGAUUUGGUGCGCAUGUUCCAGUCCGGCGAGGAGAUCGGCGGCGAGCCCUACCGCGCCGAGGUCCACGGCGGCGGCGGCGCGGACGUCCUCGACGUCCGCGCGGAGUUCGUCGAGGUCCGCGGCGGCGCGGGCGCCGACGUCAUCUCGGUCGCGCCCGCGGCGGGCGCGCAGUCGACGCGCGGCGACGUCGUCUUCGGCGGCGACGGCGCCGGCGACGCCUUCGCGCUCACGGACCUCGUCGACGCGGACGUCGUCACGGGCUCCGGCGACAACGUCGUCGAGGCCACGGGCCAGGUGCUCCGCGUCAAGGGCGGCGACGGCGACGACGCGUUCACGAUCGUCGGCGACGACGUCUACGUGGAGGCCAUGGGCGGCAGCGACGUGCUCAGCGUCUACGGCAAGUACAACGUCAUGGACGGCGGCUACGGCAAGGGCGACGUGCUCCUCUUCAACCCCGGCGACUACAACGAGUACUGGGACUUUGAGACCGUCAACGGCGAGGGCCCGCCGCCGACGCCGCGGCCCACGCCGAACCCGACGUCCCCGUGGCAGGGCCUCACGCCCCGGGCCGAGAAGUUCAAGCUCGCGUGCGCGGGCGACGGCUCCGGCGACGAGGAGCCCGAGCUCGCGUUCGGCCGCGCGUACAAGGGGCGGAAGAACCUCAUGCGCCUCGACGCCAAGGGCGAGGCGGGCGCGACGGUGCAGCACGGCGACCUCUGGUUCGACAGCGCCCAGCCCGGCGGCAUUCGCUUCGACUUCCGGUCCGAGAAGGCCGAAAACUGGAUCCUCCUGCGCCUCUUCGACGACCUGGUCGUGUCCUGGAACCGCGUCGCGGAGACGGCCGCGCACCGCGGCGAGAUCCACGCGCUCCAGUGGGACGCCUGCCCCGACUACGCCCAGGGCGUCGACGGCCAGGCGGGCUGCGACACGCUCCCGGGCGACCUGACCGUCCUCGCAAACAGCUGCGAGGCGUCGGACUUCGCGUACGCCGCGGACGCGUGGAAUUCCGUCGAGGUGACCUGGGACGACCAGCGCGUCACCGUGAGCCUCUCCGACGGGAGCGGCGGCGGCGACGCCUUCGCCAUCGACCAGUACGCCGCCUUCGACGGCGGCGCGCUCGGCGUCGGCGUCUCGCGCGUCGACGGGCCCGUCUACUUCGGGGGCUUCGAGUACUACGGCGCCGUCGACAGGCCCGACGCGCCCGCGGCGCCGGACUGGCAGGCGGCGACGCUCGGCGCGGGCCACUGGAUCGAGGCCUGCGACACGGCCGGCGAGGCGAGCCAGUCCUUCAAGAACCACGACGGCAAGGAGACGUUGAUGCUCGCGGACUCCGAGGACGCGCGCGUCGCGACCGUCGAGUACGUCGACCCGCCCGUCUGGCUCGACCCGGCCGUGCCCGGCGGCGUCGCCUUCUCCGUCCAGCCCACGGCCGACGACGACGCGAUCCUCGUGGGCCUCUUCGGCGGCGUCGUCGCCGCGUGGGUCGCGCCGGGCGCGGACUGGGCGUCCGAGGGCGCCGCGCGCGUGCUCCCGGCGGGCGCGCUCGACCUCGCCGCCUGCGCGGAGGGCGGCGGCGACUGGUGGGCCGCACCGUCCGACGCCGAGGCCUGGCUGCCCUGGGCGCUCGACGCCUGGAACGCCGUCGAGGCGACGUGGGGCGACGGCGAGCUCCGCGUGGCCUUCACCGCGCCGCUCCGCGGCACGCUCCGCACGGCGACGGUCGCCGUGCCCCUCGACCCGACCUGGGCCGCCGCGCCCCUCACGCUCGGCGUCUCCGGCGGGCCGCCGACGCCGGGCGUCCUCGCGCGGACGUACUUUGCCGACGUGCGGUACGCGGGCGCGCUCGACGCGCCGACGCCCGCGCCGUCCCGGGACCCGACGCCCGCGCCGAGCGCCGCGACGCCGGCGCCGAGUACGACGACGCUGCCCCCCCAGCCCACGCCCAAGCCCACGCCCGCGCCGUCGCCCGCGCCGCGGCCGACGAUGGAGACGGACAAGUGCGACCCCGCGAAUCCGACGUGCGAGGACUGCUGCCCGAACGACUGCGACGUCGUCACGCCGGACGACGGCUUCGACUUCAGCGGCCGCGAGUCCUGCGUCUGCUUCUUCGGCGACGCCGAGGAGGCCAGCGUCACGCUCACGGCGCAGGCCGACUGCGCGUUCGUCUCGGGCGACUACGCGACGGUCGACGGCGGCGCGGGCCACGACACCAUCGCGCUCUUCGACGGCAGGUACGGCCGCGCCUACGGCGGCGACGGCCGCGACGUCAUCACGCUGCGCCAGUCGGGCAAGUACAUGCCCGCGGGCGACGAUUUGUUUUCGGUCGCGGACGGCGGCGCGGGCGACGACGUGAUCCGCGUCUUCGCGGAUUUCGCGCGGGUCCGCGGCGGCGACGGAAACGACGCCAUCGAGCUCCGCAAGGCCGGCGGCAAGGUCGUGUCCCAGGGGUCCCAGAUCUGGGGCGGCGAAGGCGACGACUCCGUCGACGCGGAGGACGUCAAGGACACGCUCGUCUUCGGCGGCGACGGCGCGGACGACCUCGUCGUCGUCGACGCGUACCGCGUGCAGGUCGACGGCGGCGACGGCGGCGACGACAUCACGCUCAUGACCGUGUCCGACUCGCACGUCCACGCCGGCGCCGGGAACGACGCCAUCUACGUCCUCGGCGACGACAACGCGAUCGACGGCGGCCCCGGCGACGGCGACAAGCUCACGUACGACGGCGCGGGCAACGUCGUCGACUACGUCGAGUCGAUCAACGAGGCGGACCCCACGGCCCAGCCCACGCCCGCGCCCACGGUCUACGAGGCGCCCGCGGACGACAUCGACUACUACCCCGGCAUGUCGUUCCUCGGCUCCGGCGCGGGCCACUGCUUCAAGGCGACCGUCGGCGAGAACCUGGACAAGCAGGACAAGCCCUUCGACGGCGCCGGCGGCGACGGCGGCGGCGCCUACGACGGCAGCGGCGACUUCAACGCCGAGGAGGACGGCUACUGCGUCACCGCGUCCGGCGGCGACCAGAACGGCGGCGUCACGAAGCUCGCGUCCGGCGACCACGAGACCGAGGCGCAGAAGCGCGCGUGCAUGAUGCUCUGCGCGCAGACGGAGGGCUUCACGGGCUGCGAGGUCAUCUGGGGCCAGUACAACAAGGGCUGCUACGUCCACACGCAGGAGGUCGCCAAGGGCAACGGCGUCGACAAGCACAAGUGCUGGACGAAGAACGCGUGCGCGGGCUCCGCGUCGGCGCUCGUCACCGAGCUCGCCGACGUCUCCGAUUCGUCGAGCGCGUCCGCCUGGCAGCCCUGGGGCUGCCCCCUGACCUUCGACAAGCCCCUCAAGUCCGCCAAGAUCACGCUCACGUGGAAGGACCAGGGCUGGGGCAACAAGAAGGGCCGGGUGGGCCUCGCGCAGGGCGGCGGCGACGACCGCGCCGCGUCCGGCCUCGCGUCCCACGCCUGGGUCACGGAGACCAUCGACCUCUCCGUCGGCCAGAUCCCCAACGACAUGCAGCCGCUCCAGCCGACCUACGUCGUCGGCGGCGGCGGCGGCUACCAGCUCUACGUCAAGGACGCGACGCUCGUCGUCGAACUCGACGACGACGCCGACGUGAGCGGCGCCUUGGGCGCCGACGGCGGCUCCUUCGACUCCGCGUGCGCGGACUCGACGACGUGGCACAAGAAAAAGAACGACAAGCAGAACUGCGCUUGGGUCGGCAAGAAGGCGGCGAAGCGCUGCGAGGACAAGAUCAAGUCCGUGGACGGCGAGACGGCGAGCGACGCGUGCCCCGUGGCCUGCGGCGCGUGCGACGGCGCGGGCGCGUUCGCGUCGGACGCGGGCGCGCUCGCCGAGGAGGGCUUCGACGACCCCGGGUCCUUCUGGCUCGCCGAGCAAGCGGGCCGCUGCGCCGGGGACGACGGCGCGCCCGCGAACGCGGCGCGGCACAAGCUCAAGCCCUACGACGGCUCCGCGACGUACGCCGCCGAGUGCACGGAGCUCUGCGCGUUCCGCUACCCCGACGACCACGCGACCCCGGCCAAGGGCUGCGAGGUCGUCACGGCGCCGGUCCACCUCAGCGGCUGCUACGUCCACCUCGGCGACAUCGCCGGCGGCUGCGAGCUGCUGGGCGGCUGCGAGGUCGCCGGCGGCGCGACCUGCUGGCGGCCGAACCCGUUCCACGACCCGGCGCGCGUCGGCGCGCUCGGCGGCACGGCCGAGAUCCUCCAGUGGGGUGGCUCGUGCCCCUCGGACGGGUCGGACCCCGGCCCGCCCGGCGGCAACUACAACAUCGGCUCCUACGAGAAGAGCGAGUGGGACGGCGACGUCAACGUCCAGCACUUCACGGGCGGCACGCACUGCGGCUCCAUCGGCGGCCCGCGCACGGGCCAGUUCUACAUCGUCGCCGACCUCGACACGGGCGCGGCCGUCUACCUCGAGCCCAGCGAGCCGUCGACAUGCAAGUACGUCAUGGUGCUCCACACGCCGCCCGAGGGCGUGCCCGUGCCCGAGCCCACGCCGCGGCCGACGCCGCGGCCGUCGUUUGACCCGACGACCGCGCCGACGCCGACGCCGGAGCCGUCGCUGCGGCCCACGCGCUUCACGGGCGACUGCGACGUCGACGCGCCGUCGUGCGCCGACUGCUGCGCGCGCAACUGCGCGGACGUGUCCGGCGCGGGCGACCUCGACUUCUCCGGCGCCGCCGGCGGCGGCGACGCCUGCGUCUGCUUCGUCGGCGACGCGUCCUUCAAGACCGUCACGGGCACGCCCGGCGACGACUGCCUCUUCGUCGCCGGCGACUACGCGACGGUCGACGGCGGCGCCGGCAACGACGACAUCGUCCUCUACGGCGGCAAGCUCUCCCGGGCCUUCGGGGGCGCCGGCGAGGACAGGAUCGUCGUCAACCAGAAGGGCGAGAACGUCCUCCAGGGCGACGACCAGUACGUCCUCGUCGAGGGCGGCGCGGGCGACGACGCGAUCGAGGUCCUGAAGUCGUUCGUCCACGCCAAGGGCGGCGACGGCGACGACGACAUCACCGUCGGGUCGGCCGACGGGUCGCAGCUCAAGCGCGUCCACGCCUGGGGCGGCGACGGCGACGACGUCGUCACGGCGGGCCACGUCAAGGCGUCGGCCUUCAACGGCGACAAGGGCAAGGACACGCUCGUCGUCGACGACGCCUACGGGUCGACGGUCCGCGGCGGCGGCGGCGACGACCACCUCACGUUCCAGGACUUCCACGACGGCUUCGUCUACGCGGGCUCGGGCAACGACGACGUCUACGCCGUCGGCGACCACAACGUGCUCGACGGCGGCUACGGCAACUUCGACACGCUCUACGUCGCCGGCGAGGGCAACGAGUACGCGUACUUCGAGAUGGGCGAGAACAAGGACCCCAUUCCGACGCCCAUGCCGACGGGCGUCCCGACGCCGUGCCCGGACCUCUGGAGCGACGCGGGCGUGCCGCCCCAGCGGACGUUGGCCGUCGACGGGAAGGCGCACCAGCUCGUCUACCCCUUGGCGCAGACCGCGGGCCUCGGCGACUGGACGAAGCCGGGCGACGAGGUGACGAUGGAGCUCGAGGCGACGAGCACGUGCGCCCACUCCGUCGCGCUCGGCUUCGCGGCCGAGGGCGGCGGCUCCUUCCUCGAUUUGGUCGUGCCCGCGCUCGCCGCCGGCGAGAUAAUCCGCGCGACGGGCACGGUCGCGGCGUGGUCCGAGAAGGACGCGGACGAGGACUGCCUCACGGAGGACUGCGGCGGCGCCGGCGCCGGCGACUCCGCGUCGGCCUUCGGCGAGGAGCAGGCGGGCUACUGCGUCACGAGCGACGGCACGGACCAGAACUCGGGCGUCGUCAAGCUCGCGUCCGGCGACCACGACACGGACGAGAAGAAGGCUGAGUGCCUGCUGGCCUGCGCCGACGAGCCGGACUUCACGGGCUGCGAGGUCAUCUGGGGCCAGUCGAACGCGGGCUGCUACGUCCACACGCAGGAGGUCGCCAAGGGCAACGGCUACGCCAAGCACUCGUGCUGGCUCAAGGAGGCCGGCCGGCGCCUCGCGGACGACUGGGUCGUCUCCGGCGACGGCACGGCGACCUACGCCAUGCCCGACAUCUCGGACAGUUCGUCCGUGUCGACCUGGAAGGCCUGGGGCAAGUCGAAGACCUUCCCGCAGAAGCUGGCCAAGGCCGAGAUCACGCUCACGUGGAAGGACCAGGGCUGGGGCAACAAGAAGGGCCGCGUCGGCCUCUGGCAGGGCGUCACGAAGGCGCAGAGCGGCAAGGCGCCCCACAGCUGGGUCACGGAGACCAUCGACCUCGACCUCGAAGACCUCACGAACGACGGCUCCGCGAUCCAGGCCAAGUACGUCGUCGGCGGCGGCGGCGGCCACCAGCUCUACGUCAAGGACGCGACGCUCGUCGUCACCUUCGAGGAGCCCGACCCCGAGCCGCGCUACGUCGUCACGGGCGCGACCGACGGCGCCUGCGAGCUGUCCCUGAAGCACGUGCGCUACUACCCCGCGGCCUGCGCGCCGCCCGAGGCGACGCCCGAGCCGACGCCGCGGCCGACGGCGUGGCCGACGCCCGCGCCGACGGCGCCGCUCGGCCCCGUGCCCGCGCCGACGCCCCGGCCGACGUUUGAGCCGCCGACGCCCGCGCCCGUCACGUCGACGACGACGACGCGCUACGUCGGCGGCUGCAACCUCGCGAGCCCGACCUGCGAGAGCUGCUGCCCGCUCGCGUGCGACGAGGUGUCGCCGCAGGACGGCUUCGACUUCUCGACGCGCGACCGCUGCGUCUGCUUCGCGGGCGACGCCUACGACGCGGACCGCACGCCCGUGACCCUCACGGCCUUCGACGACUGCGCCUUCGUCGCGGGCGACUACGCCGUCGUCGACGGCGGCGCCGGCGACGACGUCAUCCAGCUCUACGGCGGGUCCUACGGCAAGGUCUACGGCGGCGCCGGCGACGACGCCAUCUGGAGCCGGUCGGGCGGCGCGGCCGUCCCCGGCGCCGGCUACGACCAGUUCGGCGCGAUCUUCGGCGGCGCGGGCGACGACGCGAUCCGCGCGCAGGGCUCCUACUUCCAGGUCGACGGCGGCGCGGGCGCGGACGUCAUCGUCGUCGAGAAGCUGCCCGGCGCGCAGACGCCGUCGACGGGCAACUUCGUCUGGGGCGACAAGGCCGGCGCAUCGUCCGACGCGGACCACAUCACGCUCGACACCGUGGCCCGGUCGACGGUCUGGUCCGGCGACGGCGCGAACGUCGUCGACGUGUCGUCCGGCGUCGACCUCGACGUCCACGGCGGCGCGGGCGCGGACGUCAUGCACCUCGUCGACCUCUCCGACUCGGAGGUCUACGGCGGCGCCGGCGACGACGCCAUCUACCACGAGUCCGGCGCCUACAACGCCUUCUACGGUGGCGAUGGUGCUGGUGAUGUGCUCCACCUCGCCAAUUUCGCGGACAACGCGUACGACGGCUUCGAGAGUACGAACGCGCCGGACCCGACGCCGGGCCCGACGCCCGCGCCCUCGCCGGCGCCCGUCGUCGCGCCGACGGCCCAGCCCAACGCGGCGCCCACGCCGCGGCCCACGCCCGCGCCGACGCCCCGGCCGACGUCCGCGGCGCCGACGCCCGCGCCGACGACGGCCGCGCCGACCGCGCCGCCGCCGGUCUGCGACCGCUACAACCCGACCUGCGAGGCCUGCUGCCCCCAGGCCUGCGACGCCAAGUCGCCCGCCGACGGCUACGACUUCUCCGGCGCGGCCGCGUGCGUCUGCUUCGUCGGGCAACUGCCGCACCGCGACUACGAGACGCUCGAGCUGUCGCCGCACGACGACUGCGCGUUCGUCACGGGCGACUACGCGGGCGUCGACGGCGGCGCCGGCGACGACACGAUCAUCCUCGGCGGCCACGACGGCGGCAUGUACGGCCGCGUCGACGGCGGCGACGGCGACGACGUCAUCUUCGGCCUCCAGAGCGGCGCGGACCUCGGCGCGACGCGCGUGCCCGUCUCGCUCUACGGCGGCGCCGGCGACGACGCCAUCUACGCCGUCGGCGAGGUCGUGACCAUCCUCGGCGGCGCCGGCGACGACGCCAUCGAGCUCGCGCCCGCGCCGGGCGCGACGGCGUUCAGCGAGAAGAACCAGGUCUGGGGCGGCCUCGGCGCCGACAGCAUCACCGCCGCGAACGUCAAGCACUCGCAGAUCCUCGGCGGCCCCAAGGACGCCGUCGACGAGGCCGACGGGCCCAACAGCGUCAAGAUCACCCACGGCGCGUCCCUCACGGUCUGGGGCGGCGAGGCCGCGGACUCCAUCGCGCUCGACGACGUCGACGAGACCUACGUCUUCGGCGGCGCGGGCGACGACGACGUCUACCUCGUCGGCACCUACAACGUCCUCUACGGCGGCGACGGCGGCUCCGACAUCCUCACGACCAAGGACCUCGAGGCCAACUACAACAGCGUGCCUGAGGACGACUUCGAGGUCUUCGAGGAGGCGAAGAGCUCCGCGGCCGACUCCGGCGCGUUCGUCGAGGGCGACGCGUUCCACUCCGCGCCCUCCACGGAGUGCGCGGACGCCCCGAGCUCCGGCGCGCUCGCCUGGGAGGCCGCCGACUUCGCCAACUUCCACUGCGAGUCCAUCGGCCCCGGGGCGGACUUCGAGGAAGACUGCGCGCGUAUGGACACGGCCGGCGUCGCGGCGUCGGUCGCGUGCCCCGUGGCCUGCGGGACGUGCCCGGCGGCCCUCUGCCUCGACGACGACACCUUCCACGUCGACAAGAUCUCCACGAACUGCGCGGCCGUCGCGAAGCAGGGCAAGUGCGACGACAAGGCCGACUGCGCGUGGGCGCCCGCCGACGACGGCUGCGACGGCGACAUCGACCACACCUGCAAAGGUCGCUGCGAGAACCUGCGCAUCACCUGCGACAUGUGCGCGGGGCACGCGAAACAGGACUGCAAGGCAGACGGCGGGUGCAGCUGGGCGAACGGCCGGUGCCUGCCCGACGAGCCGAAGAAGUACUGCGGCGUCGCGGCGGUCGCCGCGUUCUGCCCCGACACGUGCGGAAGCUGCUGAGGAGCGCCCACCCCCCCAAGCCGGGUGCUCCCCCAUCGAACCCCCAUCCCCACCCCCUAAGUACCCGCCAUUCGAACG